AUGCUCUUUCAGAGACUGCUGGCACUAGCUGCCGUAGUAGUGAGCGCACCAACUGCCAGACCCACAGUUGUUCGGACGUCUACGGGCUCUUAUCAUGGUGUCAUCAACGAGACUUAUCCUGAUGUCCGUGCCUUCCUGAGCAUACCCUAUGGACAGUCGACAGCUGGUUCAAAUCGUUUCAUGCCCCCGAAAGCGGUGCCGCCGUCGGAGGAACACUUUGACGUGACCGAGUACCCGCCAGCUUGCCCGCAGUAUGUCACGGGUAUCAAGAACAUCUGGAACCAAUAUAUCCCAUGGUAUCUACAGUACUGGGGCGUCAGCAAUUACUCAGUGCUUCGGGACUCGUCCUUCUCUGCUUUCUUCACCACCUCGCUGUUCUCACUCUCACACAUGACUUCUGCCUCUGUUUCCAAUCUGUUCCCAUGCUUUCCUCCGUCUUUUGCUUGGCUACCGGAGUCUGACCUGUACCAAGCCGGUAUAUCGGCGCCCUUUGCUUCCGAAGACUGUCUUAAGCUUGCAAUUUGGACGCCUCUAAAUGCUACGUGCGAUUCCAAGUUACCAGUCGCCAUGUUCUGGACAGGUGGCGGGUACCAGACGAACGGGAUCCUUGUGCCGGGCCAGCUUCCGCCAGGCUGGGUCAGCCGCAGCCAAAGCCAUAUUGUGGUAACAAUCAACUACCGGAUGAACAUCCUUGGCUUCCCCGAUGCCGCCGGCCUAGACACACAGAACGCUGGUUUGCUUGAUAUGCGCCUUAGUCUGGAAUGGGUGCGCGACAACAUCGCAGCGUUCGGCGGCGACCCAUCACGCAUCAUGAUCUGGGGCCAGUCAGCAGGAGCGAGCGCAGUGGACAUACACAACUACGCGUUCUAUGAAGACCCAAUCGCACAUGCAAUGUUCGCCCAAUCCGGCAACACACUCACCAUACGCCCGUCGUCAGACCCAGGGCACACCAACUUCACCUUUGUGGCACGAACCUUGGGCUGUGAUUUCCCAAAUGACGCCCAGGCUGAGCUCCAGUGCAUGCAGAGCCUGCCAUACGAUGAUCUGAUCAACGCCAUGGGUUGGUAUCAACAGAACACAAGUUUGGUCGAUCCAAGCCUGCCACCAAUAUCGUUCAACCCUGUCGCGGACGAAAAGGUGGUCUUCAGUAAUUACACACAGCGCUAUCAAUCAGGCCAAGUCAGCAAGGUCCCCAUGAUCUAUGGUACCGCCGCGAAUGAAGGCGGAUCGCUCAGUCCUCUGCCAGCUAAUCCAGAAACCCAAGGACCCAAUCAGACCGCAGCAAACGCUAUAACGACCGGUCUUCUUUGUGGAGCGGCGAAUACGUCAAUUCUUCGCACUGGAGCCGGCCUACCUACCUACAGAUAUCAAUACGCUGGUAAUUGGACAAAUCAGGACCCUCUUCCGUGGAUGGGAGCAUUCCAUUCCUCGGAUCUGCCAAUGUUCUUCGGCGCGUAUGCCGACGCGAAUAACGGUCUGGGUGGGCCAACGGCUGAGCAGACCGCAACUGCAGAAGCUAUGGAGGACUUCUUGCUCGCCUUCGUAAGCGAUCCAUGGCAUGGCCCUCCAGCCGCUGGAUGGCCCCAAUUCGAUGCGGAUGCCGAAGGUGGCGGCGUCAUGCUCAGAUUUGGUGCGGACGGGGAGCCGGUGCAGAAGGUGAAUGCGGAUGAUGUUCAGGGCAAGCCCAACUUCACCUCACUCGCCGUCGAUCCCGAGAGUUUCAAGCUCCUCAAGCCUGCUUCUCGCGAGCAGCUUGGUGACUACACGAAGCCCGAGCGCAGUGACGAGAACAACUUUGGGCAUCGUUAUUUCUGUAAAGUCUGUGCGACGCACUUGUGGCGCGAGGGUCAAUAUGAGUAUCCGCCGGGAAUGAUCAACAAGUUCUUCAGUGUCAACCUCAGUGCCAUUGAUCAGCCGCAGGAUGGCAUUGAUCUGAAGGACUUCAGUUUUGCAUAUAGCGACGGAUUGAAGGACAACUUCAUGGCAGGCCAGAAGGAUGAGCCUUGGACCGGUGGUAUGUCCUGA